AGUUGAUAUUUAAAUUUAAUAUGGGUAGUAGAAUCCUAUAAAAAAUAAGGUCAUAAACUUCCAAAGAAUCCUUUAUGGCUGCUUUCAGAUAUGUUGUCCUAUAAUAACAUCUUCUAUUUUGUACUCCUAAUCCUUCAACAUAGUAUCCUCAAAUCAAAUGGCUUCACCAAUAGCCAAACCCCAAAAAAGAUUAGGAGAAUUUCUAAAUGAGCAACAAGAACCCUUCAUGCUAGAGCUAUAUCUUCUAGAAAGAGGGUACUCAAAUAAGUGGUGCUUAAAUGAAGAUUCACUCAAAAAGAGAAAGAGAGAUGUUUUAUUACCAUUUUCCAAAGUUCUAAUAUCCAUAGUUAACAAGCUUGCUUUUCAUAGCCAAAGUAGUACCCUACAAAAUAGGGACAAUGGUCAAAGAAAAAAACAUGUAAAUUGCAAUGUUCAAUUUUCAUCGGCUAGUAGCUUUACUAUGUUCAAUUUAUGCUCAAAUGUUGAUGUAGAAAGAACUUCCAUAUCAUCACAUAAAGAUCAAACUUUCAAGGAAUGCAAUAUGAGAUGGCAGAAGCAGAGUUGCUUAGAGGGUAGGCCUGAUUCACUUGUAAAGAUACCUCUAGGCAGUGUUCUAAAUGUGAAUGAGGAUGUUGAGGAAAUGCCUAAGAAAAUGACAGAGGACUCAUUAUUAUCAGUUGCUAUAAUGAAUUUAUUUGGCUUGUCAAUGAAGAAAGAGGAUUGUACUAAUGUGUUGCAAGAUUAUCUUCCUAAGCCUCAUGUUUCCCAAGUAUUAAAAUCCAAAAGGGUAACCCACAAGAUAAAGAAGCUGUUAUUAUUUGAUUGUGUUAGAGAUAUUAACAUAACCCUUCCAACAAAAAAGGAAAGAAAUCAAGUUUGCAGACAAUCCAUGGGACCUACAGAGUUUGAGAAGCUCAAUUGUCAGGGAACAAGAGAAUGGGGACAACAUAGUGAAAAUGGUUUAAUGUCUCUAUUGACUAUUGAUUACUUGGAUUCAGUAAUGGAAUGGAGCAAAUUUGUACCAGAAGUUAAAGACAUUAGCUUUGAGAUCACUGAUGCAAUUUUGGAUAUUAUGAACAAUGAAAUAGUAUCAGAAAUGAUUGGAACUUUAACACCUACUUAAUUUCAAAUUUCAUCAUUAUGUAUGUGUCUGUCUAUUUAAAACAAUUUAUUCUUUGAAACUCAUCAUGUGAGAUUAUAGAAGUUAAAUGCCAGCCGCGAUGAACAUAGCAAUCUUUCUCGAUUUGAAGUACUACAUUUUUAUAUAGAUAAAAUGUUAGUGGUUAAUUUGUAAGGAGAACA